GCAAGUGAGCGCGAGCGACGGCUUUCUGUCUUCCACUCAGGGGAGAAAGCGCUGUGCUUCGAGCCUGACCCCACCGAGGCGCGAGUGCUCUGCGAGGCCAAGACUGUCGAUGUUUUUGUUGGGAAAGACGAAAAGGGCAGAAAGAUCCCAGAAUAUCUGAUCCCCUUUAAUGGCUGGAACAGAAGUUGGGAUAGAUGAGCAGCUGAAGAUCAUGUCCUUCGUGACGCCGAUGAAAAUCGGAGAUCACAGCGGAAAUUGGCCCAAAAGGCUGUAGCUCGCCUGAGAAGCACAGAAAGCAAGAGGAAGCUCGCCAGGUUGCCUGGGGUGGACUCUGUCUCAAAAAGCCUCCCUGCUGACGAGAAAGAUGAAAACUCAAUAAGCAGUUCCUCUGACAGUGAAGAAAAGGACGGAGAAAUAAGUGAAGGAAAAGGUAUUGAAGAAAAGUCUGAAGUGAAGGACUCAAAAAAAGGAAAUGGAAGAAAGAACAGUAACUAUAGAAAUCCCUGAAGUUCUGAAGAAGAAGCUUGAGGAUGAUUGUUACUAUAUCAACAGGAGGAAACGGUUAGUCAACGUUCCAUGUGAGACCAACAUCAUAACUAUUUUGGAAUCGUACGUGAAGCAUUUUGUUAUCAAUGCAGCCUUUUCAGCCAAUGAGAGGCCUCAUCACCAUCAUGCUAUGCCACACGCCAACAUGAAUGUGCACGAUAUCCCAGCAGAAAAGAACGUUGACCUCUGUAAGGAGAUGGUGGAUGGAUUAAGACUAACCUUUGAUUACACUCUCCCAUUGGUUUUGCUCUAUCCAUAUGAACAAGUUCAGUAUAAAAAGGUGACUUCGUCCCAAUUUUUUCUUCCGAUUACGGAAAGUCCCACAAACACUAAUAGGAACCAGGAGGAGCUCUCUCCAAGCCCACCUUUAUUGAAUCCAUCCACACCACAGUCCACAGAGAGUCAGUCAACCUCAGACGAACCGACCACCCCCAAAAGGCGCAAAGCCGAGCCGGAAGCCUUACAGUCUCUGAGGCGGUCCACGCGCCACUCUGCCAAUUGCGACAGGCUGUCUGAGAGCAGCGCCUCGCCUCAGCCCCAGCGCCGGCAGCAGGACAUGUCCGCCAGCAUGCCCAAGCUGUUCUUGUACCUGGAAAAGAAGACAUCUGUUCAUAGCAGAUCAUCCUCGCCUGUUCUUCUGACGCCUAGCAAGGAAGGGAGUGCGGUGUUUGCUGGCUUCGAAGGCAGAAGAACCAAAGAAAUAGAUGAGGUCCUCUCCUGGAAACUUGUACCUGAGAGUUAUCCUCCAGGUGACCAACCACCUCCACCCUCUUACAUUUAUGGGGCGCAACAUUUGCUGCGUUUGUUUGUGAAACUUCCUGAAAUCCUUGGAAAGAUGUCCUUUUCUGAGAAGAACCUGAAGGCUUUACUGAAGCACUUUGAUCUCUUUCUGAGGUUUUUAGCCGAGUACCAUGAUGACUUCUUCCCAGAGUCUGCCUAUGUUGCUGCCUGUGAAGCGCACUACAGCACGAAGAACCCCAGGGCGAUUUGA